GUGUACUGACCCAAACUGUUUUUGCAGUGUGAACAUUUUGUAUUCUUGAAAGCAUCUUCCAGUUCGGCUCCCCAACAGAAGAUGAGUCUAUUUUAUUAUUGGUUAAAUGUAAACAUGGAUACGUUAUGGAUACGUCAAGAUAAUGGAUUCCCAAAUCUCUUUACAAUUCCCCCAAAAAUAUAGAACCAGAGAGAUCCGAUCACCUAUUGGUGAUCAAAUUUACUUUCUAAAAUGACAUAAUAAAUAAUACUUACACAACACCUACACUUUUUGUGGUGAGAUGGCUAAACGUCCUCACUUUUCAUGUAGUUUUGCUCAAACUGCAUUUCUGUGGCGCUUUUGUGCCACCAAAGUAAGUGUGCAGUGAAACUGAUGUGAGCACAUACAGUAUAUCUAUGUAAACAAACAAUAAUUUGUGGUGUUGAACAUUUAUAUCUCACACAUGCUCUCCGCUAGUCUUCCAGCUAGUUAUGUUUGGAACACCGAGAAGGCCAGAAAUGCCUGAAAUUUCAUGUUUUUUUUGAUGCCAGGUGACUUGUGAAUAUAAAUAACCACAACUUAAAGCAUAUGUAAAUGAAUCACACCUCCAGCAAAUGACAAACUGUUUUCGCCCAAUCAGUCUUUUCCUUGGAUGAAGAAGAACCAAUCACAAUUAACAAGUCAAAAAUACGCCAGGAAGUGACAAAAACAAAACAAAACUAUAGGAUUUAAGAAAAAAAAAAACUCAAUAGAAUAUAAGAUACUCAAAUUUUGUAGCCUAAUACAUAAUUCUCAUGUGAUGUCACACUUCCGUAAACUCUGUAACUGUCAGCCAUCUUGGUAGGCAGUUGCUGUGACAACAAUAAACAAGCCACAAGAUUAGAUUUAGCUCAUAUAGGUACAUUAUAACUACUUGAGUACUCUACCCAAUGUGUAAUGCUAACAUAAAUAUCACUGAUAUUUACUGCAAUGUUUACUGCCCUACUAGCAAAAUUUGCUUAACUAAUGUAGCUUUUAUCUGCUAGCUAAGACAGUUUUAAAUCUUGCUACCCCACUGCUUAAAAGUCACUCUGGUUCCUGUUUACUCAACAUCAAUGUGAGCUUGUUCAUGUCUGAUGCUGAUUUUUCUUAAUGCAUGUUGGAAUAAAGGUCCAGUUGCAUCUGUUGGUUGCUCUUGGCACCUUGUUGUAUAAACUUGUUGUGCAGAUGGUUCUCGAAUCAAGCUCAGAAUUGCCUCAUUGAUUCAUGGAGUGAGAGUGGGGGGGGGGCCUGAACGGCGCUUAUUGUCCGCUGAGACGAAGGAGUCAUUUAGGUAGAAAGGUUUGGGUUACUGGAAGGAGGUCCAUCGUUGUGAAUGGAAAGAAGAAGAGGAGGGCGAGGUCGAGCCAGAGGCAGGGCACAGGGAGCUGAAUCAGAGCGGCCCACUCCACAGAUUGGGUGACCACUGAACAGAGCUUGGUGGAUACGCAGCCUGCGACCUUUCUCCUGAAGGUCAGGCUUGAUGGAUUCAGGACUUUUGAUGCUGGAUACUCGCAUCCAGUUCUCACACGGUCCUUCUGUAUGACAAGAUUUCACAUUGAGAAAGACUCUUUUCUGACAACUCCAACAAAGAAAGCAGAAUGAUUAAAACUCUUUACACAUUACAUUCAGGACUAAAUAUGGAUUAGCCUGAUAAUAAACAUGCAGAACUGAGACUUAGUUAGUAGAGGCCUUUUGGGAAUUGACAACGUUUAGUGCAAACAAUUUGAAAUGUACUCAGUUUGUGAAGACAGACAAGAAAGAGAUCUCUAAUGUUGUAGGCCAGCUUCUGUCCUGCGACUCAUGAUUUACGUUCACAUAGCAGAUCUCGAUGCUCAGUCACUGAUCAAAUGUGACCGCAGUUGUUCUGUUAAAAUUGUUUACAACCUUAAAGCGACCUGCAGCGCUGAAGAAGAACGUAGCUGUCCCCCCAGCAGCGCUGAGUUCACAGCAGUAAAGAUGGCCGCCUCAGCUCUCUGUUUUCUGGAGUAAAGAUGGCUGCCAUCUCUGGGUGGAUUUGAAAGUUGUUGAGAGCCGAUAGCCUGGUCACCAGGCAGACCCAGAUGAUAAACAAAAAACCCAGCUAACAGCAACGGAGCAUUGACUCCAGCUUCUGACCCGGUUCUGUUUGGAUGUGAAGUCGAACCAGGAGUGGUGGGGUUGGGACGUGAUGCGUUCACUGACUCAGUCUGCUUCCAUUACUUCAUUAUUAUAAUUUUCAGACGUUGUCUGGAUUCUCUGCUGCUGAAUUAUGAUGCACGUCUGAGGUUAGUGAUGAAAGUCGGAUAAAAUGCGACAUGUCCGCUCAGACUCAAGAAGCUUUGAAAACAUUCGGAUACGUAUCUGAAUUUGUGCCACAUAUGGAAGUGGAACAAAUCAGGGAACUUUGGUGGCAUGAAGAGAUUAGAUUUGGGCCUUUCAGACUACCAUGAAGAAGUUGGAUUUGGUCGCAUUGGGCUGCUGUGGGAACGCAGCCUUAAGGUUCCCAUACUCGGCCGUACUGUGGGUAUUCUGUUAGCCUCCCGGAUUUCACCAUAGAGGGUUGAGAUUUCAUAGUAAAGUGUACUGAUUGCCCACAUUUCUUGUGACAGCUUCUUUCAUUUCCCACAAUCCAAAUGGAUGCUAGCUAGUUUGAGCUAGUAGCCCCGUUUCUUCUUAAACUGUCAGGCAGCCCAGCGGCCGCUGGGCGUCCUUGCGGCUCGUUGCGCAGACUCUCAACGACACUGAUGAGCAGAUUACAGUGUGACACAGAGUGAACGGUCAUAAUAAAUGACCUUAGUUCGCCUUAGUAUUUUGGGGUCCUUUAGAAACAUUGCUGGUUAAUGACCAGGGAUGACUUGCCAAGGAGGUAAUUCUACUUUUUGAUUCAGGUGCGUUGGAGGAGGGAUUUCCAGACGUUCGAGGGACGGAGUUGCUGAGCCGUUUUGUAGACUAUGUGAAGAAUGGUAAAUCCUCAGAAUUAGCGGCUUCAUUGACGUAAAAUACAGAGAAAAGAAAUCUGAUUAUUUUCUGUCCUUAACAAACAGAAGCUAAGUUUUGCCUCCAUUCCUUCACUGUUUGUCUCAUUUCCCCCUCCUACCAUUCAGGCCCACUAGGUCAUUGUAAACAUCCUUCCUCAUCCAUCUUCGCUUUCGCAGGUCGGGUGGAAGUGGGCGACUAUUUACACAAGAAGAAAGCUGCCUCUGCAGAGUCUUUCUGCUGCUUAAUGCGACCUGGGUCGGCCCUCAGCGCCGGAGCUUUUCACACGUCUUGCUCCUUACCUCUCCAGUUACUCCACUGUCCUCCUGCAACAAAGAACCAACUGACUGCGCUGUCCUUCCCAGACCCCUUCAGCGCAGAUCCACCAGAGAUUUCUCUGAGCUAUCGUUCCAGCAUCUAUGUAAAUGAAGUGUCUUGUAAACGAGGCUGUUCCUAAUUAAGAAAGGGGCUAGUCAGAGUGUCCAAAGCAGCUCAUGUUAAUGAUGUAACCCUAGCUGUCGUAGCACUUAGAAAGGACAGUUUCAGGCUGUGUGUGAUCCUGGGUUUUGUGUUACCUCGGUGACCGGAGGACUUCAGCGGCGACCCACACUUGUUCAAUUCAACGUCCAUUUUCACUAAACAACAUCAACCAGCAGGAUGCAGUCACUUAGCGCCAUCCUGUUGGCCAAGCAGGAAGUUAGAGGCUCACGGCAUCCAGACGUUAAAGCUGCAGUUUGUAACUUUUAUAAAAAAAUAUGUUUUUAUAUUUGUUCAAACUGUCCUUCUAUCGUGACAGUAUGUUAUGAGCCAGAUAGUUUAUGAAAAGAUUGAUCUCCACCUCUUCCCUGAGCUGCUACUGCUGUCUGAAGAAAUGCACAAAAAACAACCAAUCAGAGCCGGGAGGAGGGUCUUAGCGCUGUCAAUCAACCUCAUGUGCUCGCUGUUAAAUGUGGUAAUGGCGAAGAAACAACUUAUCGUUACAAGAAAGCCAUGCUAACUAGCCUUAGCAUUCCAAAACAUACAAACAGAAAAAAACAAAUGCAACAGAGAAGCAAAGCAAAUGAACCGGUUCUGUUCUGUGGAUGAACUGAACCACACAGUGAUGGAUGAACACAGGACAGACGGAGUAGCCAGCCUUUCUUGAACCCUGAGGUUGUCAACUUGACUGACGUAACUAAUAAUUUGUUAAAUUUUCUUUUAAAAUAAAAAUCUAAAAAGUGUGGUGCAGCACCUUUAACACUGAUUCUGGCCUCAGAGGUUCUUUAGAGAACAAAUGCACGCCACACUUUUCAGAUUUGUAAAAGUUGUAACAGGUGAUUUUCCUUUCUGCUCUGCCACAGAGAAGCACUUUGACGUUUGUGGUUGGAUCGUGACAAAAUGAAGGGGUGUGAAUACUUUCUGUUUCCUGUUUGUGAUGGCGAGUGAAUUUCGUUCGAAUGUCAUCAUUCCAAGAGUGAUAAAAGCCUCAGUGUUUCCUCAGUUUCUCUCAUUUUAUCACGGUUUGGAUCCUGACGGGAAGGAUUGCUUUCAUUCCACCUGAGAAGAGACUCUUUGUACAAAAACAUUCCUGUUCUCCCUCAUUUAAAACAUUUCUAUCAUUCCCUUUUAUUUCUGCGUUCCCAGAAUGCUGACCUCCCCUCUGCUCUUCUCACACCUUGCUCUGUUUCCACUCCCACUCUUCCUCAGACUCCCCCCAUUGCCCUGAUCUCAGAUUAAGUUGAACACUGCUCAUGUUUGCACCUGUUUCCUUCGGCUCCAUUCAGUUUCUAGCGGAAACUCUCAAUUUUUUACGUUUUGCUCCUGAAGUUUGAAGUUGUGCCAAGCUGCUGGAUUGUUGUUUGGUUUGCUGGUGUGGAGAGAAGACUUUCUAUCACCUCUAUCGGGACGUCCAGCUGCUCCGCAUUCCUCCCAUCACCUCCACUGCCUCCAUCACAACCAUCACUGGUUCCCAGCUGGAUGGGACCCUGCUGCUGCUGCUGCUGCUGUGGAAAUCUAAAGGUUGGACCUGGGAGGUGCUAGAUGUUCAUCCUCUGAAAGCAGGAUGGUCAGACGUUGCUGUCCACUCACGCUGCUCCAACUCUUAAGCGUUUUUGCACAAACCAGAGCUCUUACUCAGGAUCUUUUGUACCCAUAUGGACCGGCUCAUCGGGAUCUUGAAACUCCGAAGAUGGAUGACGGGAGUUCAGUUGAAAUUCCUUUGCUCAUUCCCUUCAUUUUCUUCAACGCCCCCUACCGUUCCAUCUAUGUCAACAACAACGGCGUGAUCUCCUUCAACGUUCAGGUUAGCCAGUUCACGCCUGAGGCUUUCCCUCUGAGCGACAGCAGGUCUUUCAUUGCUCCGCUAUGGGCAGAUGUGCACAACGGCAUCCGUGGAGAUGUCUACUACAGAGAGACCACCGAUCCCGUACUGCUGGAGAGGGCGACGCAGGAUGUCCGCAGGCACUUCAAAAACAUGCCCAGCUUCACAGCCACCUGGGUCUUUAUGGCAACGUGGCACCAGGUCACCUUCUACGGAGGGAGCCAGACCACGCCGGUGAACACUUUCCAGACUGUACUGAUCUCAGAUGGCGCAGCUUUCUUCAGCAUGUUCAACUACGGGGAAAUUACAUGGAGCACAGGAACGGCCAGCGGGGGAGAUCCUCUGACGGGACUCGGUGGAACGACGGCUCAGGCAGGUUUUAAUGGAGGCGAUAUCGGUCACUUCUUCAACCUACCGGGAUCCCGGUCAAACGAUGUGGUGAACAUCGAACAGACGACCAACGUAAAUAUUCCUGGACGCUGGUUUUUCCGUGUUGACACCGAACUGAUAGAUCCUGCCAACGGCUGCAGCUACAACGGACGGUAUUACAGACGAGGGGAGAUCUUUUGGAUGUCUGACCAGUGCUCCCAGCGCUGCCGAUGUCUUGACAUAAAUAACGAGGUUCAGUGCCUGGAGGCCCCAUGUGGACAGUUUGAGAACUGCGAGCAGCAGGAUGGGGCCUUUUACUGCCAGCCUACGCGCACCAGCACCUGCGUGGUAUUUGGAGACCCUCACUAUCACACCUUUGAUGGCUUCCUCUACCACUUCCAAGGCACCUGCUCCUACCUGCUGGCCCGGCCGUGCUGGGAGAUAGUAGGACUGCCCUUCUUCAGCGUGGAGGCCAAAAACGAAAAUCGCGGCGUUACCACGGUGUCCUGGUUACGAGACGUGACGGUGGAGGUCUACGGCCAUAGAGUGAUGAUACCUAAAAGCAGUUUGGGAAAUGUCCAGGUGGACGGCUUGAUGAAGACAUUGCCAGUCCAACUGGAGCUUGGUGCCGUAAAAGUCUACCAGUCUGGAGUUGCUGUUGCUUUAGAAACAGACUUUGGACUGCUGGUGACCUACGACGGCCAGCACUACGCCUCCAUCUCCUUACCAAGCUCCUACUUCAACAACACCUGUGGCCUUUGCGGAAACUACAACGACGACCCUGCAGACGAUCCCGUGCUUCCGGACGGCUCUCUUGCGGAAAGCGUGGUGGAGUUGGGAGGCAGCUGGCGAGCAGAAGACACCGACUGGAGGUGCACCGAUGGCUGUGCUCAGAACUGCAGCGUUUGCGACCCCGUUACAGAAGCCAUGUACUUUCGCUCGGACUACUGCGGGCUUAUAAACAAAACCGACGGACCCUUUCGAGACUGCAGAGCGGUGGUGGACCCCACGGCAUUUGUAUAUAGCUGUGUGUAUGAUAUGUGCAGCAACAGGGAUAACAUCACCACGCUGUGCUACGCCAUCCAGGCCUACGCUUUAGCAUGUCAGGCCCUUGGAGUCACAAUACGACCCUGGAGAACGCGCACAUUCUGUGCUAUGUCCUGUCCGGAGUUCAGCCAUUAUGAAGUGUGUACCACUGCGUGUCCGGCCUCCUGCUCGGACCUUACCGCGCCCCUGUACUGCGCUCACCCCUGCACCGAGGGCUGCCAGUGCGAACCCGGCUACGUCCUCAGCAGCAACCGCUGCGUGCAGCAGGACGACUGCGGCUGCGAACACAACGACCUUUAUUACCCGCUCAACCACACGUUCUGGGCCGGCCCCGGCGGGGAGGAAGGCGACUGCUCCCUCCGCUGCACAUGCGGGUUUGCCGGGGAAGUCUCCUGUUUCAAUGAGUCCUGCAAGGAGGGCGAGGUGUGUGUGGCCGAGCUGGGCUUGCUGGGCUGUUACCCUCGGAGGGAGGGAGUUUGUUCGGUCACCCAGAACUCGGUGACAUCCAGCUUUGAUGGCACCUUCCUGCUGUUUCCGGAUGACAGCUCCUACUACUUGCUGAAGCUGUGUGGUCCGGUACCGGCUAACGGGUCAGUGGUGGAGGUGAAGAUUGGCAGGCGGCUCGUGAACAAAGGUCCCACUUGGAAGAGACCUGUGAUAGUAACCGUAGCUAACCUGGAGGCACAGAUGGGUGGUACAGAUUUUGAUACGGUAAAGGUGAAUGGCGAAUCGGUUGUUCUGCCGUUCAUCCAUCCAAUGGAGACCAUGAUGAUCUACAGGGCACCAGGAAAUGCGACCGUGGUGGAGUCCAGAGGUCUACUCCGUGUCCACUACACCCGCCAGGGAUUCCUGAACAUCUCCCUCUCCACCAUCUUCUACAACGUUACCUGUGGCUUAUGCGGCGUCUUCAACAGCAACGCCACGGACGACCUGCGCCUGCCCAACGGGCGCCUGGCUGAAAAUACCGAACAGUUCACAGAGGGAUGGAAAUCCAUUGCAGACGACCUUACAUGCAACGGGGACUGCGACGACCUGUAUCGCAUGUGCACAGACCUUCGCCUUUACCAGAGUCCCUGGAUGUGUGGAAACAUCAACGACCCGGGGAACAGCUCCUUCCUGGCCUGCCACUCGGUGGUCAACCCUUCGCCGUUCUUCAGGAACUGCCUGUACAACAUGUGCAUUAGGGAAGGAAACCGGUCGGCCCUUUGCUCCUCUCUGCAGGCGUACGCCACAGCCUGCCAGGAUGCCCAAGUGGCCCUCGCCUCCUGGAGGAGUGCGACCAACUGCCCUCUUCCUUGUCCAGAGAACAGCCAUUUUGAGGAAUGCACCACCGCUUGCCCUUUGACCUGCACCAACCUGGAUGAGCCCGAGGAGCCGUGCCCUCUGCCUUGCCAGGAAGGCUGCCAAUGUGAAGAAGGCUUUGCGAUGCGGGACGGCCUGUGCGUGGCCCGGAGCGACUGCGGCUGCAUGUACCACGGCCACCAGGUGGCCACCAACCAGACUUUCUGGACUGAUUGGGAAUGCCAGGAGCGCUGCUACUGCAACGGCUCCGACAACAGCGCUUACUGUCAGCUCACACCCUGCCACCCCGAGGAGUACUGCCAGGAGAACGACGGCCUGUACUUCUGCCAGCCACGCACCGAGGCCCUGUGUGUGGCCGCAGGUUACGGCCAUUUUCAGGCAUUCACCGGCGUGCCGUUUGAGCUUCAGAGCUCCUGUACUCUCAAGAUGGCCACCACCGUUUGUAGGCGCAGAGAGCCGGCGGGGACAAGUGGAGUUUUUCCUCGGUUUAAACUGGCGGUUCGCAAUGAGGAACGAGACACAGGGCAGGCCAUCUGGGUGAGGGGCUUCAUGCUGGAGGUCUACGAAUACGAGGUGGAGGUUUCUCGAAGCUAUAAAAACACUGUAACUGUCAACAAGGAGCGCCUGUUCCUUCCCUUGAAGCUGGGCCCAGGGAAGGUCAACAUCACUUCCUUGGGGAUGCUGCUUGUUCUGGAAACGGAUUUCGGCCUGAAGGUGUCGUAUGACUGGAACACGCUCCUCCUUUUGACUUUACCGAGAGACCUCUACAACGCCUCCUGCGGCCUCUGCCAGGGUGUGCCCUUCUCCCCGCCCACGCUGAGCUCCACGGACUGGGCCAUGACCUGGGCGGAGAGGGACACCUUCUGCCAGGUGGGCUGCGGCGACUCCUGUCCACGCUGCGGGCUCGGGGAGAAGAGCAUGCCCAACAGCGCCCCCCUCAUGGUGGGCGACUCCAGCAUGAUUAGCGAUAACGAGGACGAGCCGAACGGAGUCGCCACCGGCAUACGCUUCCACGUCGGGGACGGACUCUACGUGUUCGUGGAGCCGGAGGCCGUCAGGCUGUGUGGGCUGAUUGUGGACCGGGGAGGCGCGUUUGCACGCUGUCACAGCAAGGUGGCGCCGGCGUUCUUUUAUCAGAGCUGCCUGCAGGACACUUGUUUAGAUCAAGGAGCUCUGGAUACGAUCUGUAACUGGCUGCAGAUCUACGCCAGCACCUGCCAGAUCCAGGGUGUGCCUUUAACCGGCUGGAGGAGUGACACGCCGUGUGUCCAGAGCUGUCCUCCGAACAGCCAUUACUCCAGCUGCAUGUCGGUGUGCCCGCCCCAGUGCGCCCCCGCCCGCGGCCAGCGGGACUGCAGCCAGGACUGCGUGGAGGGCUGCCAGUGCGACCUGGGCUACGUGCUCAACGGCAAGAGCUGCAUCCUGUCCCAGAACUGCGGCUGCUACACCGACGGAAAAUACUACGAGCCCAAACAGCUGUUCUGGAACAACGACUGCACCAAGCGCUGCCAGUGCAUCGGGCGGAACCUGAUCCAGUGCGACCCGCGGCGCUGCAAGGCGGAGGAAGAGUGCACUCUGCGAUUCGGGGUCCGGGGCUGCUUCGCGCGGCGCUCUCAGCACUGCGUGGCAUCGGGCGGCGGCGUCUUCAGGACCUUCGACGGGGCGUCGCUGCGUCUCCCGGCCUCCUGCUCCUUCGUCCUGUCCACAAACUGCCGCAAGCUGCCCGACCUCUCCUUCCAGCUCAUCGCUAACUUCGAUAAAUGGAGCACGCCCAACCUCACCACCAUCUCUCAUGUCUACCUCUACAUAAACGAGGAGAACAUACUGAUCUCUGGCAGCACCGUCAAGGUGAACGGGACGCCCGUGUCCGUCCCGUUCCUAACGGGCCUGAUGACGCGUCUGUCCACGUCUGAGGGCUUCAUCGUCAUCGACACGCCGCAGGACAUUCAGGUGCGCUACAACCACUUCAACACCCUCAGCAUCACGAUGGGCCAGCGGCUCCAGAACAAGGUGUGCGGCCUGUGUGGAAACUUCAACGGAGACCCCAACGACGACUACAUCACCUCCAGGGGCAAACCGGCCGUCAGCGCGCUGGAGCUGGCCCAGAGCUGGAAGACCAACGGCAUGCAGAACAGUUGUGACGAGACCCAGUACGUGGCUUUAGCCCAGUCCUGUGACAACACGGCCGUCCUGGCGCUGCAGGGCGAAGAGGCCUGUCAGAAGCUGACCCAGCUGAAGGGCUUCUUCCAGCCGUGCCACGGCCUGCUGGACCCGCAGCCCUUCUACCAGUCCUGCUAUCUGGACGGCUGCUACAACCACCGCAAGGCGCAGGUCUGCGGCUCCCUGGCAGCCUACGCCGAGGCCUGCCGCUCCCUAGGAACCCUGACCACCAAGUGGAUCACCCAGGAGAACUGCUCAGAAUGGAUCUACGACCCGUGCGCCGGAGAAAUCUGCACAAACUUCACCUGCGAGUUGGAGAACGGCGGCGACCUGUGCGGCUGUCCGGAGCUGCCCACCAACCCUGCAGGUGAGGACGACAUCAUCCAAGCGGAAGUGAACUGCAAGCACGCCCAGAUGGAGGUCUCCAUCUCCAAGUGCAAGCUCUUCCAGCUGGGCUUCGAACGCGAGGACGUGAGGAUCAACGACGAGCGCUGCGCCGGCAUCGAGGGCGAGGAUUUCAUCUCCUUCCACAUCAACAACACCAAAGGCCACUGCGGCUCCAUCGUCCAGUCUAACGGCACGCACAUCAUGUACAAGAACACCGUCUGGAUCGAGAGCGUCAACAACACCGGCAACGUCAUCACCAGAGACAAAACCAUCAACGUGGAGUUUUCCUGCGCCUACGAGCUGGACCUGAAGAUCUCCCUGGAGACGGUCCUGAAGCCCAUGCUCAGCGUGAUCAACCUCACCCUGCCGACCCAGGAGGGAAACUUCAUCACCAAGAUGGCGCUGUACAAGAACUCGUCGUACCGCCACCCGUACCGGGAGGGCGAGGUGGUGCUGAGCACGCGGGACAUCCUGUUCGUGGGCGUGUUCGUGGAGGGGGCGGACGUCAACCAGCUCAUCCUCAUCGUGAACAUGUGCUGGGCCACGCCGUCGCGCUACAGCAGCGACAGACUGCGCUACAUCAUCAUAGAGAGGGGGUGUCCGAACACGAAGGACAACACCAUCGGGAUGGCGGAGAACGGCGUGUCCCUCACCUGCCGCUUCCACGUCACCGUCUUCAAGUUCAUCGGCGACUACGACGAGGUGCACCUGCACUGCGACGUGUCGCUGUGCGACUCGGACACCAACGCCUGCAAAGUGAACUGUCCACACAAGAGGAGGAUGUACUCGGAGGACAGCGAGCACAAGGAGCACAUCCUGUCAGUGGGACCCAUCAGGAGGAGAGAGUCCGACUGGUGUGAGGAAGACAACGGUGGCUGUGAGCAGAUCUGCACCAGUAAGGGAACUGGGCCCAUCUGCAGCUGUGUGACUGGGAUGCUGCAGCCUGAUGGGAAAAGCUGCCGCACUCUGAGCUCGUCCUGUAAGGUCGCCCCUGCUCUGCCUCUGCUGGGCGCCAGCGCCGUAAUCUCCAUCAUCCUCACCCACUUUAACUCCUUCAUCGUCUCCUAACAGCCACAGCAGCCAAACGCCAAACAGGAAAGACUUGAAGACGAGGCGGGGAUUUGAAUUUCUGGGUGCAGAUGUGAAAAUAGCUCUUUGUAGAACUCUGUAAAGCUUCUGUUCUUUAGAUUCAUCAGGAUUUCUAAUUUAAAGUGUGUAGAGGUUGUUUUUUAAAAAAAUUUUUUUUUUUUUUAAAGUUUCUGAUUGUUUUCCUUUUUUAUGGAAGUAUUGUGUUAAUAAUAAUCACCACCAGAUGGCGCCAAAGAAGCAAACAUCUUCAAAUCUAAACAGUGGAAUUUGAGGUGGAUUAAAUGUGAAAGUCAGGGAGAGAUAGUGAUUAAAUUAUUAUAAACUACAUUUCUUGGUGAAAUAAAACAUGAUUGGAUAGUUUGACAGUCAGAACUGUAAGAAUAAAAUCUGAAACUGGCCUUUUUAAGUGUUACCUCUGGCAUAACAGCCGCAUCUACAAUAAACACUCAAUGAAUUGAGUCACAGAAUGACAUUUUUGUUGCAAUCUGUUUUCCAUUUGUUCAGAUAGUUUGUGAGGAUUUUCUUGCAGCAUCUCCAAGCUGAAGUUCUGUUGAACUGGGAAAUGUUGACUUCCCAGUCACAAAAAUCAACUGGAGCACCCUCCCAGAUUUCUCACUGGGAAACUAGGAGCUACUCCGACUACCCCCAGCUACGACUUGUAAGGCUAACUUUACGUUUCAAUAUGGCCGCUCCUCGCAUCAACAGGAGUUAAAUGACGUGGAAUACUUUUUAUUUUCCAGGACACACGUGUCUUGUUUAGUUUAGCUAAUUUAGCUAGCUGCAGUUAAUGCUAGCUAAACUAAACCUGAACUGAUUUAUUUUAGCUAUUUUAGCUAACUACAGUUAGCUAAAUUAACAUAGUUUAGCUAAACUUCUUUAGCUAACUAUGACUACAUUAUCUAAACUACAGUUAUCUAACCCCCUACAGUUUAGCAUACCUAAACUGUAGCUAAACUGUAGCUAGCUUACCUAAACUGUAGCUAGCUAAACUAGUUUAGCUAAUUCCAUCAUCCUUAUAUUUUCACACUCAUAUUUAGUUUAGCUAAGCUAGAAACUACAAUGGCUCUAACACACCAUCAUACAUUUCUUCUCUCAGUCCAGAAAAAAUUAAGAGCCACUAAUGAUACCUGACCUUUACAAAAAAAACUUGUGUUGUUAAAUAAGUGUAACUAAAAUAGAUUAUCUAAGCUAAUUUAGUUUAGCUAUAUCUAAACUAGUUCAGUGUAGUUCACUCUAAACUGAACUAAACAAAAAAUGCUAUUUGUAAAUAAAAGUAAAGCUUAAAAUUAUGUACGUAGAGGAACUGCAAACAAUGUGUAUGGGGGCCGCCAUGUUGAAAUUCCGACUUUUCAACUGGAACGCUGUUAACUCUGGUUGGACGUCAAACCCAGCUCCAAGUUACGACUUCAGGGGCAACGGGAAGUCAUGGUUGUUUUGAAGCAUUCUGAUUAGCUGACAGGUUUAUCUUUUGCUACACUGCCCCCUAUGGGUUUGGCAUAUUUGCAACAAAACUCAGUGUCAGAUUAAAAAAGGUGUUUAGUAAAACAACCCCUGUAAUCUCUGCUGAUCUUCUGAAACUGGCUAAUCCUCCAAACAAAAGCUUUUAUUUAACAGACAGGCUCUUUGUGUUCAUGUCCCAUUUCUUAGUGGAAUAUUUUAACCACAACCCAGCUGUGACUUAAUAGCAAAAAGGCCAGAAGGUCAAAUCCAGACAACCAGAUUCACCCCAAACAACAACACGGCUUAGAAAAGCUUUAAGAAUUAUUAGGUCCUUAAGUUUGACCUAAAUAGCUAUUUAGGUCAAAAUUAAGCCCAUUUGUCUGGUCAUUUUUUUCUUUUAUUUUAGAAUAAGAAAAAACACAAAGCCAUUUUAAAAAGAGGAAGGAUUUUUCUUCUGUUUAAAAUAAUAAAGAGGAGCAGAUAGUUUCUAACUUUUAAUGGCGUAAAAUAGAUCUGCAGCAAUAUUACGGAUACUUUUAGUUGAUAGCAGGUUCAAGUGGCAAAACAGGCUGCAAAUAAUGCAAACUCCAAAACGUACCAAGAUAAAACAAAUACGACAGAAAAAUACUGCAAUCACAGGAAAUGGAAGCAAGAAAGGAGAAAUGGCAAAAAUAACAGCAAGUAUAAAACUCUGCAAACUUGUUCAAUAAAGUAGAAGUCAUCCACACCACUAGGGGGCGACAGCACUUAGGAUCAGACCUUCAGGAAAGACGGGAUGUCUAGGCAAAAGCUGGAGGACUAAAGUAAACUUUAUUAAUACAGAGGAAAAUAUGAGCUGCUCACAAACCAUCCAUAAAAAUACAUUUGUAACAUAUUUUAAAAAUACACAAACAUAUAUAAAUACUACAACAAAGGCAACAGAAGGAAGAAAUCAAUUUCCCUAAUUUUCACUCUCCCCUAUUUAUGUUAUUACCAGCUCUUUACUCCCCCUAUUGGUGUGGAGUUUGCAGCCAUGUAUACCUGCUGUUUUUUUUUUUGUUUGUUUGUUUUUUUGCUUUUUGCAUAAUUUUUUCCUGUGGUUGCAUCAUUGCGUUUGUGAGUUUUUGGAGUUUGGAUUCAUUCUGUUGAAGAAAUUCAAUCAAAUUAUUCCACGAAAGGCUGAAAAAAUGACUAAAACCUGCCACUUUUACAAAAAAGUAUCCAUAUUUUAAAAUAUCCUGUAUCAUUUUAGGCCAAAGUUGUUGGGAGCCUAAAAAGCUGCAUUAUGUCCAGGAGGAAAACGUUCUGCGAAAGUUAAUGAGUGAAAUAUUUAUGUGUGAGAAAACCACCUUGUGGAAAUAAUAGGACGUAAACAUAACCCAGAAUAUGCUUGAGUUUUGCUUCAUGAUGCUGAGUUUUUCCCCUCUCUGAAGACUUUCUCCAGUUUCCCAUGAAGGCCGGUCAUCUGAUACGGAGGGAAAGUAAAGUCCUGCAUUCCUAACAAUGUGUCCGCUUGUCUCCUCCUCACCUUACCAAACUGCAGUGACGGGUGAAAGUUUAAUUCGGCGGCUGAGCCUUCCUGCUGCUUCCUGUGUACAGAUGUACAGUCCUCUUCAUUUAAAACCUGUUUUUUAUUGUUUGAGCAGAAACAGCUUUCCUUCAAUAAAUGUUCUGAAAAUCCA